AUGCUUGAGAGUUUAUCAGAAAAAACAUAUAUGCCAUGCAUUUCCAAAGUGCCUAAUUAUCUUCGUCAGGUAAACGAGAAGGCCUACGAACCACAGGUAAUUUCAAUCGGUCCAUAUCACCGGCGAAAGGAUCACUUAGAAGCAAUGGAAAAGCAAAAGAUUCGCUUUCUUCAAAAGCUUCUUGAAGAAAUAGAAGAGAAUGAUGUUUCAGUAUAUGUGAUGAAAAUGAGAGAAUUAAAAGAUAAAGCUCGCAAAUGGUAUGCAGAUCCUGUGAGUGAUCUUGACUCAGAUGAUUUCGUUAAAGUGUUGCUCCUUGAUGGUGUCUUUAUUGUCCAGAUAAUUCGCUGGUGUUCAGAUAAGAGGCCAUUAAAUUUGUACGAUGUCGAUAUGUUAUUAGUCGAAAAUCAACUUCCCUUCUUUGUCCUUUGGGAGUUAUUUUGUAUGAUUGAGAGGAGUAGGGCUGAUCAAGAUAUGAUCUUCAUGGAAGCAAUCAUUUCGAUGUUGGGCAAUAGAGUACCAGGCAAAAGGCGCCCGAGAGGCGAUCUGAAGUUCCCGAAUAUAUCAGAUAUCAAGCAUAUACUCGACUUUAUGUAUCACUGUUGCUUUCAUCCUUCAACUUCCGAAGUCGAGGCCCGUAAAAAGAAACUCAGAGACAAAAAUUCAACUUCAGAAAAGGACGGUCAAGAGAACCCUAGAGAUCUGAAUUGCUUUAGAUCAUAUAUCAAGCAUUUACUCGACGUCGCGUAUCAUUGCUGCUUUCAUCCUUCAACUUCAGAAGUGCAGGUCCGUAAAAAGUACCUCAAAGAAGAUAAUUCAACUUCAGAAAUGAAGGACAAUGAAGAGAACCCUAGAGACCGGAAUUGCUUUAGAUCAUAUAUCAAGCGUUUACGCAACUUAAGGUAUCACAGUUGCUGCCAUCCUUCGACUUCACAAAAAAAGAAUGAAUUGAAUCUCAUACGUUGUGCGACAGAGCUCAAAGAGGCUGGAAUCAAAUUCAAAUUGGUCGAUGGAAAUACCAAUACCAUGUUCGAUAUACGGUUUGAAAAUGGGACUCUACAUAUCCCUGAAAUUACAAUAGAUGACUCUACGGAACCUUUCCUCCGAAAUCUCAUUGCGUAUGAGCAGCUGUUCCUAGCAAACAGAGAUCUCAAGCAUGCCCCCGAUUAUAUGAUUUUUAUGGACUACCUUAUUGACUCUCCAAAGGAUGUGGAAAUACUUUGCCAACAUAGAAUUAUUAAGAACAUGUUAGGUGAUGACAAAGCUAUUGCCACCAUGUUUAAUGGUCUAGGUGUCUGUGUCACCUUCUCCAGCAGGUUCUAUUACGCUGAAGUAUUCGACAAGAUAAACAAGCAUCGCCAUAAACGUUGCAACCGCUGGAUGGCGAGCUUGAACCACAACUAUUUUAACAGUCCAUGGGCUUUCUUUUCCUUUCUGGCUGCUGUUGUUCUCCUUCUACUUAGUAUGGUGCAAACUGUAUUUUCAGUUCUCUCUUAUUUUAAGUAA